CGAGCAUUCACUUACGUAUUUUAGUUGAGCAACAACUGCGGACGAAGACGGAAUAGCGAAGCCGAAAAUAUUACGAAAAUAAAACAAAAGAAAGUGUAAAAUAAAAAAAUACAAACAAACAAUUACCAUUCGUUUAAAUACAAAUUAUCUAACCCAGAGAGUGAGAAUCUCACAAGCAACUAACCACCCACCCAACACAGCCCGGCAUUAAUUGAGUAAAACACACUUACAACAACAAUAACAAAAAUAUAACCACAACAAGUAGUUUAAAGAUGAGUGUUUGGCAAGCUGCUAUGACUACUUCAAAAAUAAUGGCUCUUUCAAAAGCCUCAAAUCUUGGCUUAACAGCUUUGCGAUGUUUCUCCGUAUCCCCUGGCCGCUUAUCGUCGAAAAAAGAAUGUAAAGUCCUCAUUGUUGGAGGUGGUUCCGGGGGUUGUGCCUUGGCUGCCAAACUAUCAUCGAAAUUGGGGAAGAACAAAGUGAUUCUGGUUGAUCCUGCUGAUAAACAUUACUAUCAACCCAUGUUCACUUUAGUGGGAGGUGGCAUGAAAAGUGUGGCUCAAAGUUGCAAACCCAUGUCCCAAGUUUUACCCAAAAAUAUCGAAUGGUUACAGGAGAAGGCACAGACUUUUGAUCCCCAAAAUAAUACAGUGACCACAGCAACGGGUAAGGAGAUUAAAUAUGAUAUGCUAUUGAUAGCAGCGGGAUUGCAAUUGAAUUAUAGCAAGAUACCCGGCUUAGUUGAAGCAUUAGCCAUACCCAAUGGUAAAGUGUGUUCCAUCUAUUCACCCAUGUAUGUUGAUCGCACCUAUGAUUGCUUGCGUAACAUUAAGGAGGGUAAUGCCAUAUUCACAUUCCCCGACUCGCCAGUCAAGUGUCCUGGAGCACCGCAGAAGAUUGUUUACAUAGCUGAACACUAUUUCCGUAAGAACAACAAACGCAAUAAAAUCAACAUAGCCUACAACACAGCUCUGCCGGUUUUGUUUGGUGUUAAGCACUAUGCCGAUGCCUUGUGGCCCAUUGUCCGUAAGCGUAACAUUCAGGUCAAUACCCGUCGCAAUCUAAUUGAAGUUAAGCCCGAAAGUGAUACUGCCGUAUUUGUGAAUCUCGAUAAACCGGAAGAGAAAUUUGAAGAAAAGUUUUCCAUGCUGCAUGUUGUUCCCCCCAUGAGCACUCCAGAUGAAUUGUCUAAAUGCAAGGAAUUGGUGAAUGCUGCAGGUUUUGUUGAUGUCGACAAAAGCACCAUGCAGCAUGUUAAGUAUAGCAAUGUGUUUGCCAUAGGCGAUUGUUCUGCUUCACCCAAUUCGAAAACAGCGGCUGCAGCUGCUGCUCAAUCUCCAGUCGUCUAUAAAAACAUGUUGGCUGUCCUCAAUGGCAAAUCGUGCAAAAAAAGCUACGAUGGUUAUGCCUCGUGUCCUCUAGUGACAGGCUAUAACACCUGCAUAUUGGCCGAAUUCGAUUAUAACUUGAAUCCUUUGGAAACAUUUCCAGUGCCACAAAACAAGGAACGCUACAGCAUGUUCUACAUGAAAAAGGAUCUUAUGCCAUUACUCUAUUGGCAUGUGAUGCUCAAUGGCUAUUGGAAUGGUCCAGCACUGAUGCGCAAUGCCAUGUCAAUUUUUAAUUUUGCCAAAAAGUAAUAAAAAAAAAGCAACAAAAGCAAAAUCAGUGGUCCAGUCUAAAGUGCAAUAAUAUGAACAAAAAUCAUCCCAGAAAAAUUUAUAUAUGUAUGUUUGUCCGUGUUAAUAUUUAUAUUAAAAAUAAAUGGAAUCAUGAUCUUAAACCGACUUCAGGUCCAUAAGAAUAAAGAAGAUUGAAGAAGAA